AUGGCCGGCGGCCACCGCCUCCUGCUGGAGAACGCGCGGCAAGCGGUGCUGGUGUGCGCCCGCGGCGAGCGCUUCCUGGCCGGGGACGCGCUGCGCAGCCUGGAGGUGCUGGAGGGCGCCAGCCUGGUGGUGGGCACAGAUGGGUUCAUAAAAGCCAUUGGUCCUGCUGAUGCUAUCCAAAAACAGUUUUCAGAAGAAACAUUCGAAGAAAGAAUUGACUGUUCUGGGAAAUGCAUCUUGCCAGGUUUAGUGGAUGCACACACACAUCCAGUGUGGGCUGGAGAAAGAGUUCACGAGUUUGCAAUGAAGUUGGCAGGAGCCACAUACAUGGACAUCCAUAAGGCUGGAGGAGGGAUCAACUUCACGGUGGAGCGCACCCGCCAGGCCUCUGAGGAGGAGCUGUAUAGCUCCUUCCAGCAGCGGCUUGGGUGCAUGAUGCGGGCGGGGACCACGCUGGUGGAGUGCAAGAGUGGAUACGGCCUCAGCCUGGAGACGGAGCUCAAGAUGCUGCGGGUGAUUGAGCGUGCCCGGCGGGACUUGGACAUCGGCAUCUCGGUCACUUACUGCGGAGCCCACUCCGUGCCAAAAGGAAAAACUGCUUCUGAGGCCGCUGAUGACAUCAUCAAAAACCACCUCCCAAGGCUGAAGGAACUUGGCAGAAAUGGGGAAAUACACAUUGACAAUAUAGAUGUGUUCUGUGAAAAGGGUGUCUUUGACCUUGAUUCCACCAGAAGAAUUCUUCAAAGUGGGAAAGAUAUAGGGUUACAGAUUAACUUCCAUGGGGAUGAACUCCACCCCAUGAAGGCUGCUGAGCUUGGGGCGGAACUGGGAGCGCAGGCCGUCAGUCACCUGGAAGAAGUGAGUGAUGAAGGCAUCGCUGCCAUGGCAACAGCCAGAUGCUCUGCUGUCCUCCUGCCCACCACGGCCUACAUGCUGAGACUGAAGCAACCUCGAGCCAGGAAAAUGUUAGAUGAAGGAGUCAUAGUGGCCCUGGGCAGCGAUUUUAACCCUAAUGCGUAUUGUUUUUCAAUGCCAGUGGUCAUGCAUCUGGCGUGUGUGAACAUGAGAAUGUCCAUGCCCGAGGCCUUGGCUGCUGCCACCAUCAAUGCCGCUUAUGCCCUGGGAAGAUCCCACACACAGGGAUCUUUGGAAGUUGGCAAGCAGGGAGAUCUCAUUAUCAUCAAUUCACCCAGAUGGGAGCAUUUGAUUUACCAGUUUGGAGGCCAUCAUGAAUUAAUUGAUUAUGUUAUCGCUAAAGGAAAAGUCAUCUAUAAAAAAUGA